CAGGGUCAGAAAUACACGGGAGCUGCGAAUUCAAGAAGGAACUCGGCAGAACCUGCGCAACUUUCCGAGCAAGCACACGUUUUUAUUUAUUUAUUUUUAAUUUAUAUUAUUUUUUUUUUGGGUUUUUUUUUUUUUAUAUAUAUAUAUAUAUAUAUAUACUUACUUUUUUUUUAUUUCACACCCUGGUCGCUGCAAAGAUGACCGCAGCCGUGGUGUCGCCUUUCUUCGACUUCGAAGUAAUGAACAAGAACAACAAACUGCUCAGCUACAACAACAACCUGGGCCCCAUGUCUGUCCCUUGCACUGGCACCAACGUGCCCAUAUCCAGCCCCGCCGGAGCCCUGCUGGACAGGAAGGCGGUGGGGUGUCCCUCGGUGGGAGGCGUGUACCAGCGGCGGCACUCUGUCAGCAGCACAAAGUUCAGCCAGAACCAGUUCCUGAACAGCCUGAAGGCGGCGGACCACUGCUCGCUCAUCUCGGGGAUCGGCAACGCCGGCUGCGGCAGCAACAACAAGGAGAACCGCAUGCGAGACCGCUCCUUCUCCGAGACGGGCGAGAGGCCCCUCAACAAGUGCCUGGGCCCCGCCAGCCCCACCGGCAGCCAGGUGAACUCCAGCCGCUACAAGACGGAGCUCUGCAGGCCCUUCGAGGAGAACGGCUCCUGCAAGUACGGCGACAAAUGCCAGUUUGCCCACGGGAUCCACGAACUACGCAGCCUGAGCCGCCACCCCAAAUACAAAACAGAGCUGUGCCGCACCUUCCACACCAUCGGCUUCUGCCCGUACGGGCCCCGCUGCCACUUCAUCCACAACGCCGAGGAGCGCCGCGGGCCUCCCCAGCAGUGCUCCCCUCUUAACUCCUCCAACAAGAUGGACAGGCCUCGCCUGCAGCACAGCUACAGCUUCGCGGGCUUCUCCAGCUCGGCCGGGCUGAGGGACAGCCCCACCUCCGUCACCCCUCCGCCCAUGUUCUUCCCCGACGAGGUCCCGGACUGGCCCAGCAGUAACCCCUUCACCUACUCCAGCCAGGAGCUGGCCAACCUGUUUGGGCCCAGCCUCAACGUCGGUCCCGUGGGCACAGAGCCCAACGCCCCCGCGCCCCCGUCUCCGACGAGCACGCCGUACUAUUUCAGACCCAUGUUGGUGUCCCCCCAGAUGUUCGAUACUCCAUCCAGCCAGCCCGACUCUCUGUCAGACCAAGAUGGCUACCAGAGCAGCUCCGGGGGCAGCCUGAGCGGCUCCGAGUCCCCCACGCUGGAUACGACCCGCCGCCUCCCCAUCUUCAGCCGCCUCUCCAUCUCCGAUGAUUAGCCUGCGAGUGUCCACCAGUGUGACUUUUUUUUUAUUUUUUAAGUUUGAUGACACCGAGAGAACACGGCACUCCCCUCUACCUCUGCACCCCCCACCCCCGCCUCGAGCAUCCCCCCAACCCCCCCUCACACCACCGUGUUGGUUCCUUGUUGGCAUUGCAAGGAUGUAGUCAGUUAAAGGAACUCUCUCUCGACUCAUUUCUUCCCCUUCCCGUUAAUCUGCAAAGCAAGUUUUUUCUUUCUUUUUUUUAAAAGUACCCUGCCAUGUGUCAAAGUGCCAAAAAAACAAAAAAGGAGAGGAAAUUGAACAAUGAAAAAUCAUGAGAACAAGAAUUGACUGUUUUGCCAGGUGCCACUUGAUUUUUUUUUUUUUUUCUUUCUUCAUUUUGUUCUUGAAUGUGUAGCAGCACAAGUGGCCUUGGAAAGGGGGCGUGCUUUGCACUAGCCCCGCAACCCCCUCCCUUACUCUCCACCCACUCUUUCUCGCUCUCUUUUCUCCCGCCCUCUUCCCUUGACCAUACCACUUCCCACGCCCCCCCCUCGAGCUAGCUAGAGGGUGCUCACUAAUGUACUGCAGACGUUUUUUGAGACAAAAAAAAGAGGAAAAAAUAGACCCUGAUAAAGAUAUGAAUAGUUUUUUAAAAAGAAGGGUGGGAGUGCCUUGGGGUGGUUUCUGCAUGUGUUUAGGGUGAAUGGACUACUGUUUUUGGUUCUUUCUCAUUUAUAACCCCCCCCCCUCCCUGUCACAGUUCUUCUCAAGCCUUGUCUUAUGUAAUUGUGGAUUGGGUGAGUCUGCAGGAAGGACUUUGAACUGGAAGUUGGUUAUGUCGUCGUCCCCCUCCUCCUCUUCCCUCCCUCCCCUCCUCCUCUUCCCUCCCUCCCUGAGUUUUCUCCUCCUGUUGCUGGUCACUGGCUCUUUUUUAUUGGGAAGGAAGUCUUGAUAUCAAACUGAUCAUUAAACCUGUAGGACUUUGUCCCCGCCUCCCGGCCUUCAUCCUCUCUGGGGAUCUGGGGGAAUUCCAGCAUUCCCAUGAUGCAGUUGUACAUCCUGCAACGCGACGAAAUCGGAUUUCCAAGCUAUUUUACCCCCCCCCCCCAAAAAAAGGAGACUCUGUACUCAUUACAUCCUUUUUUUGCUUUCUUUAUUUGAUAAUUAUUUUUUAUUAAUGUUAUUACGUUUAUUAUUGUUUGAAAAAAAAACUUUCCAGAUGGAAGGUUUUUUUUUUUUUUUUUUUUUUUUUUUUUUUUUGCUUGUCACUGCUUAUUUAACUUAUCAGAACAUAUUUAUUGCUGAUCAUAUGCAUUUUUUUUGGUUAAUUUUGUUUUUUGUAUUUAUCUGGAUAAUGAACAAUAGAAUAUAUUUUCUUUUUAUGUUAAAUUAUGAUCUUCCAUAUUAAUCUAAAGAUUGUUGAAGACGUUUUUGUCGAGUUUUCCUUUUUUUUUUUUUUUUUUUUUUCCACAGUUUAAUAUAUUGUACUUCAAUGACUUUUUGUUCUGCAACUACACUUUGUCAAAAAUGAACCUUAAUUUAAAGCAAAAAAGAAAAAAGAAAUGCAAAAAAAGAUGGGUUUUUUUGCGUUUUUUUUGAUUAUUUAUUGUACUUUCUUUUUUCUUACUCCCCAUAUCGGACUGCAAUUCCAUCUCUACUAGAUUUGCUUGUAUUCAUUCCUGCCAUUUUUUUCCCCCCUUCACGUCUUUACAAUAACCCGACGGUAACGGUAGCUAACCGUUAUUACUUUAUUAACUCAAUACUUGGGUCGACGGUAGAAUUUUAAAAAGAGGGGUGCUGGGAGACGGCCCACUGGUUUAGGGGGCGUCUCCAAGUCAGGACUGUUUUUUUUGUUUAAAUGUCAGUUCUUACACCCCCCCCCCCGUCUGUUAUUACGAGCAAUAGCUGUGACCAAAAUGGGUUGAGGAAAGUUUAUUUUGUUUUUCAUUUGAUUGGAUGCUUGAUGCACUUGCUUGGCCCCCCUCUUGACCAUUGGAAGUGCCUCUUUGAAUACAUUCCAGGUAGCUAAGGCUUUCUCUGCCUUUUUUAUAUUUGAUAAAAAUGGAGGACAAUUUAAAAAAAAGUCACUCUUGUUUCCUACAUGUGUUUGGAAGAGGUGAACAUAUUUUUGACACAAAGAAAGUAAAACAGUUGAAUGUAUUUUUUCAGCCAUGUUUUUUUCACUACAGUAAUUUCUGUGAGUUUAUAUGAAAACCUGUUUUGGUUUUUUUUAUUUGUUUUUUCUCGCCCUCUUUUUUUGUAAGUAUUGAUCGCAGUUAAGUCAAUAAACCCCGUAUUUUUUGAAAAGUUAAAA